AUGAAACUCCUUCUGCUGAUCACUCUGCUCACAGCAGGUGCUAAUGCACACAGCAUCAGGCGUCGGGCUCUGUGGCAGUUCGGUAAGGUGAUCAAGUGCUCCAUCCCCGGGAGUCAUCCCUUGAAGGAUUACAACAACUAUGGCUGCUACUGUGGCUUUGGAGGCUCAAAGACUCCAGUGGAUGAGUUAGACAGGUGCUGCCAGACUCACGACCACUGCUAUGAUCAGGCGAAUGAGUUGGAAAGCUGCACAUUCCUAGACAGCCCCUACACCACCACCUACUCAUACUCGUGCUCUGGGAAUGAGAUCACCUGCAGUGACAAGAACAACGCCUGUGAGGCCUUCAUCUGCAGCUGUGACCGCCAGGCAGCCAUCUGCUUCUCCAAGGCUCCAUACAACAAGGAGAACAAAGGCAUUCACUGUUAG